GGAAUUGAGAAAGCUCUUUCAUUUCAGCUGAUCAUCUAAUAGCUAAAGAAAUGGCCGAUGAAGACGUUGCUGCUUUGGUUAUUGACAAUGGCUCCGGUAUGUGCAAGGCCGGUUUUGCCGGAGACGAUGCUCCCCGUGCAGUGUUUCCCUCCAUCGUUGGUCGUCCAAGACAUCAGGGCGUGAUGGUUGGUAUGGGUCAGAAAGACUCGUACGUCGGCGAUGAAGCUCAGAGCAAGCGAGGUAUUCUGACUCUGAAAUAUCCCAUCGAACACGGUAUCGUCACCAACUGGGAUGACAUGGAGAAGAUUUGGCACCACACCUUCUACAACGAACUGCGCAUAGCUCCUGAGGAACACCCAGUUCUGCUGACAGAAGCUCCACUCAACCCAAAAGCUAACAGAGAAAAAAUGACUCAGAUCAUGUUCGAGACAUUCAAUACUCCGGCAAUGUACGUCGCCAUUCAGGCUGUGUUGUCUCUCUACGCCUCUGGCCGUACAACUGGUAUUGUCUUUGACAGCGGUGACGGAGUCAGUCACGCAGUUCCCAUCUACGAAGGUUACGCUCUUCCCCAUGCCAUCCUUCGUCUUGACUUGGCCGGCAGGGACUUGACAGACUACCUCAUGAAGAUUCUGACCGAGCGUGGCUACUCCUUCACCACCACAGCCGAGCGUGAGAUCGUGCGUGACAUCAAAGAAAAACUUUGCUAUGUUGCUCUCGACUUCGAGCAAGAAAUGACGACCGCUGGCUCAAGCUCUACCAUGGAAAAGAGCUACGAGCUUCCGGACGGUCAGGUCAUUACUAUUAACAACGAGCGUUUCAGGGAUCCUGAGGCCCUGUUUCAGCCCUCUUUCCUUGGAAUGGAAACUGCAGGCAUCCACGAGUCCACCUACAAUUCCAUCAUGAAGUGCGACGUGGACAUCCGUAAGGACUUGUACGCCAACAUAGUAUUGUCUGGGGGCUCCAGUAUGUUCCCAGGAAUCGCUGACAGAAUGCAGAGAGAAAUCACUGCUCUGGCUCCACCCACAAUGAAGAUCAAGAUCAUUGCUCCUCCUGAACGUAAAUACUCUGUAUGGAUCGGAGGAUCGAUCUUGGCCUCGCUGUCCACCUUCCAACAGAUGUGGAUUUCCAAGCAAGAAUACGACGAAGCAGGUCCUUCUAUCGUUCAUCGUAAAUGCUUCUAAGGCUAGAACUUCAAUUUGCUUUCAUUGAAACUUUAAUUGAAUAUUUGGUCUCUGUUAUUUCACCUUUAACGUUAUAUACAAAAACUUCCCCAAA